AACCCACUACCGAUGAACCACAGCGCAGCUAGCCUUUGCUACAGGGUAACAUUACCAGCGUAUGCAUGCCCCGUGUAUCACGCCAUCUCGUUUCCAUCCGGCCAUCCAUCCGCACGUUUGGCUCUGAAAGAUUCUCUCCCCAUUCCCCAUUUCCGCACCCAUGCUACUCCCAAAUCCCCAAUCCCCAUCCCAAAAUCCUCGCCACCUCCGCCCCAAAAAUUCUCGCUGCAGCGGAGCAAGCAGCGAGCGCUACAGCCACCAUGUUGACAAGCCAGCCAGCCAGCGUUGUCGCCUUCUCACCUUACUUGCCGUCGACCCUGUGCCACUUCGUCAUCGUCGAGCCAGCGGUGCCGCUCCCUUCCCUUGGAGCCACUGUUCUGCGCCACCUCCCUGUGGAGCCGACCGCCACCGUUGUCUUCUCGUGGAGCCAAUGGUCAGCACUGCCACCAACCAUCUCGUCCACGGCCAUCUCCUCGCUUCUUGUGGCUGCUGCUUGUCGGCUUCUCCACACUUCUCCAAUUGGUAUUUUACUGCUCAGAUUAGCUUUGCUUUGGUCUCUAUACAGUGUUCCUAAUUGGCUUCAUGGCGAUACAAAUGAGAAGAAUAAAGUGUUGAUUCAAGCUGGAAGAUAAUUUACUAUUUCAUAAAUAAUCUUGAUGUUCAGUACAAAAGGCACACAAUUCAACUUGAUCGCAACCGCUUGCUGUAGUAGGAUGCGAUGAUUGCUUACAUUACGAAGCCUAUGUAUGGACUGUCAGGUUCAUGGUCUUCAGUGAGUGAUAUAUUUGUUGAACUGCAUGUGUAACACCUUGCUUUUGUAGGUUCCAUAGCUUUGCAUAUGCUUUUGUAGCAUUUAUGGGAUGAUGAGGGCCUUCAUUUGAGUGAAUACACAUAAGUUGAUGGCAUUUCUUCAUUUUGCAUAGUACAAACUCUGCAGUUAUGUGCAAAUGAGGCCAUAUGAACAAUUCAUCACCAUGAGGCUUCAAUUCAUAAUAACCAUCAAGGUAAUAAUUAAAUUUGUUCUAUCAUUUCUGCAUUUUCUUUCAGUAACCAAUGUUUAUCAGCAAGGGAGUAAACUACCACAAGUCUUCCAAGUUAUUCUCUCCGAAGAAAAGAACACAUUUAUCCGCGGUAACACCAUUUGUAAUUAUGAGCACAAAUUAUAUUCAAAUUAUUUUAGCAAUUGUUUAAUUUCUUUGGGAUAGCUUAGUUAUUAAUUUUGAAAAAGGAUGAAUGUCAUGUGUGUAUCCUCGCUGUUUAUCCAGUGAUUGGUCAUAAUGCAUAUGUUGACUUUACAGAAAGAUCCUUAACAUUGUUAUUGGCUCAUCAUUUAGAUUCCUGCAAUCUUAAUAGUUCCCUUUGUCAGGCUCUAGAGUAUAGUAUUAUUCUAAUUUACAUAUACUCAUUUAGUUGCAAGCUUAUAAUACGUGUUGUUUACCAACUAUUCUAUUGGAUUUGUAGAGCUACUUUUGAAAUAGAGGAUUUCUACAGCUACAUAUGAACAUUCUCCUAUACUCUUGCAGAUUGAUUUCAACCGUUUCUAGAAACAAAUUGCCGCAAUCGAACCAUUUUAGGUCAAUUUGGUUUCCUCAAAGUCAAAACAAAAAGGCACCUUAGUUAAACAGCGUGUUAGCCUAUGGGCUACUCCAUACCAUAACUAUACAUGUAAAUAUCACUUGCAAGAUAGUCAAGAUUAUGUUAAUAUUUUACAGUUAGUUGUCAAUCCAUCACAAUCGAGUGCACGCGAAAGUAACAGAAGUUCCAUUUCGGUGGUGGUCUUUGGUUAAGAAACUUUCAGCCUCAUCUAUGGAUGGUUUUUAGAAGACCAAUUUGUACGCAAAAUAGCUUUGUUUGGUUUAUCCGCUAGCCAAUUGAUAACAAAAUGGUUUGGGGUGGAUUGACCAGAGCCUUCAACACGGUUGUAUGUGGUUGUAAAUGGCGUAACGGGCAUAUGUGUGCUACAGAGCUUGUGGUUGCAAAUGAUGUAAUCGUUUACAAGUUUGGUAAAUUAACUAUGGCCAGAAACUUUGUGAUGGUAUUCAA